GACGGUGAACAUUUGGAAGACCACAAUGUGGAGGCUGUGGACAUGUUACUCAAAAUGCCGGGCAUCUCAUGGAAGAAUUAUCGUCGGGUAAUGGAGAAGUUACGCUCUUUGCACGAGUUAGCCCAAUGUAGUUUGGACAAACUUAUCGAGAUUCUGGAUAGCCGUGAGUGUGCAACAAAACUGUUCAACUUUCUUCACAAUCCGUGCGAUUUGUCAAUCACGAAGGGCGGGGAUUCUUCUGACCCGGAGAAAUGCAACACUGACGGAUCCGUUACACACACGGGCUCGAAACGAUCUGCGACGGGAACGAAUCCGCGGGGAGCACGACUGUUCCUGGCCGGUCGAGUGAAAACCAAUCGGGGACGUGGUCGAGAUCGUGUCGGCGGUUUGAAUCACCAGAAACCAUAA